CUUUUGUUAAACAUAUGGACAUGGGAAAAAAGUACUGGGAAAGUUGAACAACUGAACUGAAGAAAACAACAACGGCGCUGCAAUAAAUGUUUGUUUUCUCAUAAAAACAUUAAAAGAAUGCCUCCAAAAACUUAUAUGAGACAUUUAUGCCUAGAACGGCAGAGAGGAUAUUGAUUCAACAAAUCAUAGCCUGCUUUGAACUUUUCUGUUUAAAAUGAAAUGUUGUGACAGUUUGUUGCCUGUCCAAAUCAUUGGGCAUUGCUGAAAAUGUCUGGAUUUGAACUUGUUGACUACAAGGUCCUAGAGAAAAUUGGCGAGGGUUCAUUUUCCGAAGUAUAUCGAGCCAGGCACAAACGGACAGGUUUCUACUACGCUGCCAAAAAGCUCACCAAAGUCUACGCAGAUUCCGCGGAAGCUUUGCAGUGUUCAGAAAUCCAGAUGAUGAAACUCCUUGACUAUCACCCGAACGUGGUCAGUCUAAUCGAUAUUUUGCAUGACGAACUUCACGGAAGUCUAACUCUGAUAAUGGAACUGAUGGACAUGAGCAUGUACGACUAUAUCAAGAACCGAAAACGUUGUCUCUCGGAGAAACGUGUCAAGCGAUUUUUGUUUCAGAUCAUUUCCGGGUUGCAUCAUCUGCAUCGUAAUGGCAUCUUCCAUCGGGAUAUUAAACCAGAGAACAUUCUGAUCAAAAUUCCGCAUAAGCUCAAAGAGAGCGAACUCGUUCAGUUGGCGGACUUUGGCUCGAUCUGCAGUACUUAUCAGAAUCCUCCAUACUCGGCAUACAUUUCCACGCGGUGGUACCGUUCGCCGGAGUGUUUAUUAACGUCCGGCUAUUAUGGACCUAAAAUGGAUAUCUGGGCCGUGGGGUGCUGCUUCUAUGAAAUGCUUACCCUCGUUCCUUUAUUUCCCGGUGAAAAUGAGUUGGACCAAUUACAUCUGAUUCAUGCCGUUACGGGUUCCCCCUCGGCAGUUGUGUUAGCCAAAUUUAAACAUUUAAAUCAGUUGGACUACGAAUUUCCCAAGCAGAAAUCGACCAGCUUUCGAGUGCUUAUCCCGCUGCUCAGUCACUACGGAGUGGAUAUUCUGAACCGCACCCUGACAUACGUUCCGGAAACGAGGAUAGGCACAACGAAGCUGCUGAAGCAUGUCUAUUUCGACGAUAUCUGCAGAAACAAGACAUCUUCAAGGCUAUCGUCUUCUAUGCAGUGUCUAGACGAUGUGGGAGAUGGCCAUAGCAAGAAAGGCAGUCCUCGAGGAAAGAACACAAAAAGUUCCAUCGGCAGCACUGAAUCACUGAACCGUUCGAUCCAGAGCAAUGCAAGCAUUUUGAACAGCACUAUGUCGACGACAACGAGAACCGCCGGUAGUUCCCGGAACAGCACCAGUUACCAACAGAACAGCCUAGCAUCGGACAUAAUCAAGUACAAAAAUCUCGAACGCAUGUGGGGGAUGAAUCCAAGCCCAGGAAAAACGCGCCUUGGGCAACAGAUUGCGACCGCGAGGAAGUUCUGACGACACCAAACGCACCUCACCUAGGAACGCUACCAAAGUAUUUCGAAGAGGACAGUUUCUUUUCUAACGUCCGUGAUCAAGUGAGAAAGCUUGUUUAUUUUUAGAAAACAUCUAUUUUGAUAUUCCAUCUUU